AUGGCUAUUACCAAGAUCCACGCCCGCUCCGUCUACGACUCGCGCGGCAACCCGACCGUCGAGGUCGAUGUUGUCACCGAGACGGGCCUGCACCGCGCCAUGGUGCCCUCGGGCGCCUCGACCGGUCAGCACGAGGCUUGCGAGCUUCGCGAUGGUGACAAGUCCAAGUGGGGUGGCAAGGGUGUCCUCACGGCCGUCAAGAACGUGAACGAGACCAUUGGCCCCGCCGUCAUCGCCGCGAACUUUGAUGUCAAGGACCAGUCCAAGGUCGACAAGUUCCUUGUCGAGCUUGACGGCACCCCGAACAAGACCAAGCUCGGUGCCAACGCCAUCCUCGGUGUCAGCUUGGCCAUUGCCAAGGCCGGCGCUGCUGAGAAGGGCAUCCCCCUGUACGCCCACGUGUCCGACCUGGCCGGCACCAAGAAGCCCUACGUUCUCCCGGUUCCGUUCAUGAACGUCCUCAACGGCGGUUCUCACGCCGGUGGCCGCCUGGCUUUCCAGGAGUUCAUGAUUGCUCCGUCUGAUGCCCCGUCCUUCUCUGAGGCUCUCCGCUGGGGUUCGGAGGUGUACCACCAGCUCAAGAGCCUGGCGACGAAGAAAUAUGGCCCGUCUGCGGCCAACGUCGGUGACGAGGGUGGUGUCGCUCCGGAUAUCCACACGGCAGAGGAGGCGCUCAGCCUGAUUGCUGAGGCCAUCGAGAAGGCCGGCUACACCGGUCGGAUGAACAUCGCGAUGGACGUUGCAUCCAGCGAGUUCUACAAGGUGGACGCCAAGAAGUACGACCUGGACUUCAAGAACCCGGACAGCGACCCGACCAAGUGGAUCACGUACGAGGAGCUGGCGGCCAUCUACGCAGACCUGGCCAAGAAGUACCCAAUUGUCAGUAUUGAGGACCCGUUCGCCGAGGACGACUGGGAGGCGUGGAGCUACUUCUACAAGACGCAGGACAUCCAAAUUGUCGGCGACGACCUGACGGUGACGAACCCGCUGCGCAUCAAGAAGGCCAUUGAGCUGAAGGCGUGCAACGCGCUUCUGCUGAAGGUGAACCAGAUCGGCACUCUGACGGAGUCGAUCCAGGCGGCCAAGGACUCGUACGCCGACGGCUGGGGAGUCAUGGUGUCUCACCGGUCAGGCGAGACGGAGGACGUGACGAUUGCCGACAUUGUUGUGGGUAUCCGCGCCGGUGAGAUCAAGACGGGUGCGCCGGCACGGUCGGAGCGUCUGGCCAAGCUGAACCAGCUGCUGCGCAUCGAGGAGGAGCUCGGCGACGCGGCUGUGUACGCCGGCACCAGCUUCCGCACGGCUGUCAACAUUUAA